AUGUUGGCUUCCAAACCGCCAUACACGGUCCCGACUAUCCCAACCACUACUCAGCAGAUUCCUGUGCGAAACUUCUCUGAAGCCGCACAAAGAACACAAAUGUCCUCGCUGGCGCUUCAGGAUGGAUUGUUCACCUCCCCUACCGACUCCGAAUUCUCCGAUGUCUAUGACGGGCUGGAUUCCAUAAGAGCAUGGGAUGAGAAGAAGGUGGGGGAAUGGCUACACACUAUCCGAUGUGGGCAAUACGAAUCGCUCUUUCAAGCGAACAAUUUCACAGGGGAAAGCCUUCUAGAAUGUGACCAGAAGAUGUUGUCUGAAAUAGGCAUCAAGAAAAUCGGCGAUCGAGUACGCAUCAAUGUCGCGAUCAAACAGCUUCGGAACAGGUCUUCGUUAUUACGCACGAGAAGAAACCGGGAUUCUCUGGCCAUUCUCGAUGGGUUGGUAGGCACACCUUCGUCGUCCGAUUCGCCUCGAACCCAUGCCUCAAGGUCGCAAACGGGGAGCACCAAGAGAUUCUCUCGUCAGAUCGAUGCUUCGGCGUUGCAAAACUUCAACUCUGCAAGCACAGGCUUCAAGGUUGGCUCACGCCCAAGUUCACCACUGGCCGAUAUACACAGCGCAGGUUUGCGAGCACACCGUUUUGCGGGAAGCCCGAUGGAUAGUAGCAGAGCUCAGGCUAGUGGCUACUUCAGUCAGCCAGGUUCUGCUAGUUCCACAUCUGGAAAACGACCCGAGAACUCACCGCAGGUUGCUACUGUACCUACCAGAUCAAAUCACCUGAGGCAAAACUCUAGUAUCGAUGGUCUCACUGCCGGUGGUUUGCCGAUAGGCUCUCCCGUCAUAAAAAUAAUUCAUAAUGGUGGACAAACGAAGGUCGUCAACAUCAAGUACUGCAAAACUCCCGACGACGUGACGUCGACUGUGCUGAAGAAGCUGCUUCUCCCGGAGACUCACUUUCGGAACUACUGCUUCUAUCUGCUGACUGGUCUUGAUCCGGAUCCCUCUGCUUGUCGCCGCAUCCCCGACUCGGAGCUGAUGAAGAUAUGUAGCGACUCGAAUCGGACUGAGAGAAACAGGUUAAUCUUGCGAAAGAUCAAUGAUGGGCCCCCGGACCUUGAUGAGCUACGCAAAGCAGCCAAGAUUGCGAAUGAUGAACAACAGAUCCUGCACAAUAAUGCCCUUCAGUCGAACAAUAUGCGAAACCAGAUCAAGCUUCAGAAGCUUACCGGCGAGUCGUGGCAUCACAUUCAGACUCCAAUAUCCCCAGUCACGACAACCGACAGGAACCGCAACAUCAUGGCCACUGCUGAUGAUUACGAGCGUCAAGAGGCACAACAGCAUCACCGCAACACAAGCAGUCAAAACACCAAACUACGGUCAUUUUUCGGCGCCAGACCUCCAAGCGAAAUGAUUGUUCAAGAACUGACAACCUACUUCCCUGCUCAUCAACGCGAAGACAUUGAAAAGACUAUGCGCAUGUCGGUUCGUCGUUCGCAGCGCAUGAGCCGCGCCGCAAGUCGGUUGAGUGUCAUGAGCAAUGUCAGCUAUGCUUCCAGCCUAAAAGAUGCCCCUCCAGUACCGAGCAUUCCCAGCAUCGCUGAAUCUUGGCUAGCUCAGACUCCAGGGCAACCCAGAACUCCCGUAACACGACCUUUGUCGGUAUUGUCGACCAGGUACAACCUACCCAUGUCAUCUUUCCGAGAUUCGAUUGCAUCCUCGACACUACAUCCUUUGCAAGAGGAAUCGCCCUUAGAGCCAAAUCGCAAAUCUUAUGUUUCAUUCGAUAGUGGGUCUGACACCGCCCUCGGAGGCGAGCUGGUCAGGAGCAGUUUCAUUGAUGAUGGAUCUGGGACUCUCGGCUCCGAAGUCAUGAAUGAGCGCUUGUCCGUCAUUGUUGCCGAGGAUGGCGAGGAGGAGGAUCAAGCUCUAACUUCCUUCCUCAAAGGCAAUAGUUUCGACAAGCACAACUGGAUGAAGGGUGAUCUUAUCGGCGAGGGCUCGUUUGGUAGUGUAUAUCUUGCCUUGCACGCUGUCACUGGAGAGCUCAUGGCUGUCAAACAAGUCGAACUACCGAAUGUGGCCAAAGGAACUGAAAGCGACAAGAAGAAGACAUCCAUGAUUGCUGCGCUCAAGCAGGAAAUCAACCUGUUGCAAGGACUUCGCCAUCCUCACAUCGUACAAUACCUUGGCACGUCGUCGGAUGAAGAACACCUGAACAUUUUCCUAGAGUAUGUCCCUGGUGGAUCGAUUGCGGGAAUGCUCAAACAGUACAACACCUUCCAAGAACCCUUGAUCCGCAAUUUUACUCGCCAAAUUCUCGAAGGAUUGUCAUACCUGCAUGCGCGGAAUAUCAUUCAUCGUGAUAUCAAGGGUGCCAAUAUUCUCGUCGACAACCGUGGUGCUGUCAAGAUUUCGGAUUUUGGUGUGUCCAAGAAAACGAACUUUAAUGGAAUGAAUUCGGUCCCUGGAACCAGAACCUCCCUGCAAGGUAGUGUUUUCUGGAUGGCGCCGGAAGUCGUCAGGCAAUCUGGACAGUCGAUCAAGUCUGACAUUUGGUCUGUUGGCUGCUUGAUAGUCGAGAUGUUCACUGGCGCCAGGCCAUUCCCCAGUAUGACAACACUGCAAACACUGUUUGCCGUCGGGAGCAACAACGAGAAGCCUACAAUCCCUGAGAGUGCGAGCGAAGACGCGAAGAUGUUCUUGGGCCAGACUUUUGAGGCGGACCACGAGAAGAGGCCUGGUGCGAACGAGUUGCUGAAGGAGCGAUUUCUGCAACCUAUAGCUUGA